GCGGGAGGUGAGGGGCGGGAGGUGUGGAGGUGCCGGGUGCAGGGGCGUGGACACCCGAUCUGAGGCGAGGACUGGCGGUGGGCGGAAACGCCAGGCAGAAGGUGAGGGCCCUAGGGCCAGAGGUGAGAGGGUGCCAGACGGGCGGGGGACCGAGACGCCGAGCGGGAGGUGAGGGGCGGGACUGGGUGCCUUGCGCAAGGUGAGGGCGGGCCGCGGCAGUGGGCGGGGAGGAGCCAGCCUUAGGUAGGGUGGAGGCAGGCGGAGAGGAGCCGGCGGGGCGGGCGCGAGGGCGAUUCGCCAAUCGGUGGGGACUCAGGUUUGCCCCCACUCCCGACCGGGCCGCAGGGCAAUUGGGCGCUGUUCCCGACCCCGCGCGGUCGUCGGAACUGGCACCCGGACGGACCCGCGCCGAAACGCCGGAGGGUGUCCGCCGGACCGGAGCCUGUCCCCCGAGAAUGCGCGCCCAGGCGGCCCUGGACGCGCCCCCGCGCGAGCGGUUCCUUCCCCAGGACCUCGCGGCUCCCCGGGACGCGGACGCGGCGCGGCCGGCGCGCAGGAGCGCGGUGGAGAGGCUGGCGGCAGACCGCGCCAAGUACUUGCGGGGCCGGCCGGGGGCUGGCCGGGGCUCUGCUUCCGAGGACAGCGGCCCCGGGGCGGUCAAGGAGCAGGGCCACAACCCCGGGCCCCCGGCCCGCGCCCCGGGUCCGGUGGCGCGCAGGGCCAUUGCGCGGAAGCCGCUGAGGCCGGACUCGCUGGUCAUCUACCGGCAGAAAUGCGAGUUCGUGCGAGGACCCGGCGCUGACGGCUCCAGGGCGAGCCUGGUGAAGAAGCUUUUCCAGGGGCCGGGCAAGGACAAGGUGCCGCCUGAGACGCCCCGGCUGGGAGAGGAGGGCAAGGCCGGGGGCGGGGAGGCCGCCACGAGCAAGCCCGGCCCCGCAGCGGCCCCCGAAGCUGCAGCGACCCCGGCCCCCGCCCCGCCGGCCGCAGCGCCCUCCGGGGUCCCGGUUGCGCGCCCGUGCCCCGAGCUGCGGGCGGCGAGGCGCGGGGGGCUGCGGCGCUCGCAGUCGGACCUCAGCUCCCGCUACUCCGCGGCCAUGGCCGAGUUCGACAGCUUCUUCCAGUACUGCGGUCUGGACCCCGAGGUGGUGGAGGCCCUUGGCAGGGAGAACUUCUCCGUGGGGUCGGACCGUGCGGGCCUCAAGGUGCGCAGCGUGAGCGUCGCCACCUCCGACAGCGGCUUCUCGCGGCACAGCGGCGGCGGUGCAGACGGGCUGCAGGAAGAGGAGCUGACGGAGCAGGUGCCCAGCACCACCUCGGUCAUCGAGAGGAACGCCCGCAUCAUCAAGUGGCUGUACACCUGCAGGAAGGCCAAGGAGACGCCCAGCCAGGGGCUGCAGGGGCCGGCGUGACGGCCUGCGCUCGCGGACACCGGGACCCGAGGUGCGCGCCCGGAAAGCAGGGUGGGAAGCCGGUCCUGCCGGGGAGGACCCGGUCAGCGUGGCCGGCGGAUGCGGCUGGUCCCAGCCGAUGCUCUGAUUCCAGGACGGACAGUGGAAGGGCCCCAGGAGAUGGGGGACGCAGAGGCCCACGAGCGGAGCCACCACAGCUGGGGAGCAGAAGGCACCGACACAGGCACCUGCAGGCCCAGGAGCGCGCCGCCGCCUGAGCGCCUAGAAGGAAGGGCAGUUCUGUGAGUUAACGCGGUGGCAGGCUUGUUACUGUGAAAAUAAGAGAAAUCAGAAUUGUAAAUUCCUGUCUGCUGGCAGUUUUACACCCCUGCCGGUGUGAUUUCCCGUGUUGGGAAUGGCCUGAGAGCCCCAGUCCUGUGAGAAGCCACCUGCUCCACGCGCAGCCCCAGGGUGGCCCUGCUGCGCGCCUGCGCAGAAAGGAAGGCCCUGUACGGUCUCAGGGGCCUUUCCCAAAGUGAGGGUCUCUACAGGGCCUUGUUAGCACUUUGGCAUUCGUUUAGCAAUAAAAAAUUUUUUUAUUUAGCUAAAUUUUGUUUAAAUUGUUUUGAGAGCUUCAGUUUGUUAAACAGGGGAAUUGGGUAGAUUGUAACUAAUGUAUCAGAGUUCUAGACUGCUGUGAUGCUCAGUUUGUUCGCCUCUGAUGACACUACAGGAAGUAGCUUUCUUCCCUUCCAACACCCGAACACCGCUAGCACAGGACGUUCGUCCUCGCUGCACCUGCUCUUCCCCCUGCGCGGGCAUUUGGGGAAUGGGGAAGAGGAGGUACCUGUACAGGGCCCCCUCUGAGAACCACGAGUUUAAACAUUGCAGCACCUUUCUCCUCUUGCCCUUCAAUGGCAGCUUGCUAAAUUACCAGAUGAGAUUAUUUUGUGUGCCAGCGAGAUAAACCACUGAGGCACAGCAUGGGCCUGUGGGAUUGUGUAGGGCUGCCGCAGGGCGUCUGAGGACGGAGACAUCCCCAGUAAACUCCAGCCGCGUCCUUGGUGAAAAUCAGCGCGAGGAGAUUAUCAGUAGAAGUGCGCAAAGCCUUCUGAGACUAGCCCAAGGCAAGUUGCAUGACACCUGAAGUCUCCAACUGCCCUCAAGAGGAAACGCAGCAAAAACAGUUUUGGACAUUCAGCACUUUGCUUUUCUCUAAUUGCUUCAUCAGUCUUUUGCUUAAAAAGAUUUUCUUCAUGUUUGUUGAUAUUACCGUUGGGAAAUGAGCACAAAGACAAAAAUGAAAGCACCGUUUGUAACCUU